UAAUGCAUUAAUUAUGGAAGAACAUGUGCGGAGAGUUUUUUUAAAGAUGAGUCAAGAGCGAGGACGAGGAAGAGGAAAAGGAAUGAACACCGAAGGGAAGACAGCGUCUGCAUUGCAAUUAUUAAACAAGGACAUCGAAAAAUACCGCACAAAACACAUACACAAACCUAACAUAACUACACUUCACAAAAAUACACAAAAACAAGCAGCCUCAGCAUCAUCCAAGUAUCAUUCACAAUCUCCAGUAUCAUCAUCCUUGCAUGUUCCAUCACCAUCAUUCUCAUCACAACACUCAAAUAAACACAUGCCUCCUCCAUCAGCACCAUUACAACAUAGAUCCAUUGUAUCACAUUCACCUUCAGUAACCACUCAAUUAUCCGCACAAGACAUUACACCAGUACAACGCAAACAAACAUUAUCACGCUCGUCUUCAUCAGCAUCUAUACAAUCAUUCACGCAAAAAGUCCAGCCAUCAUUCAAACCACCAUCACAACAAACAAACAGUAAACAAACAUUGUCACGCUCGUCUUCAUCAGCAUCUAUACAAUCAUUCACGCAAAACAUCCAAUCAUCAUUCAAACCACUAUCACAACAAAUAAACAGGAAACAAACACAAUCAGGAUCAUUUGUUCAUGAUGUACGCAGCCAUCGCCUGUCCACACAUAGAGAAGAAUUGAUAAAAGAAAAGGAAAUAAUGCAGUCUCUAAAAAUCAUUAUGGAUCAACUACGUCGAAUGGAAGAACGACAAAUUUCUAUAGAAAAUAAAACCGAUGAAAAUGCAAAAACUAUAAAAAGAUUAUUAAAAGAAUCUACAAUGAAGAGACCAACAAAGCCACAGGAGGUCUCAUUUAAAACUGUGGAUGAUUUCUUGGCCUUCGAAGAAGUUGAUGAAGAAAUUUAUAAUGAUUUGGUGGGAUACUUCAUUUAUCUUGGACGAGCCAAUCCAAUAGAUUGCGCCGCGGAAUAUUUUCGCAGCGUAUUUCCAGAAGACGAGGAGGUUUCAUCACACCUCACUCUAAAUGGAAAAAGUGGACAACGAGGGGGCUGUAAAUUGCGGGACAGUCGCUUCGCUCAGGCAUGUCAAGAUGCCAUGAACUCAAACAAAUAUUUUAUUAAUCCCAACAACGUCGAAUUUUAUGACGCCCUGGAAAAGGCUUUAAAAAGUCUUAAAACCAGAAAAUGGCGUUACAAUAAGAAACGACGCCAAGAAAAUGAGGAGGACGUCCCACCAAAUCGACGCCGCCGAAUAGACAACGAAGAUGAGAAAACUACAGAAUUUGAAGAUAUCGUGGAGACUGAGCAGGAGAUCGAUGAUGACGAAAACUUAGAGAACGAUUCACUUGGUGGCAACGAUGAACUAACAGAGACUCAACACACGGAGGAAACUGAGGAGAUUGAAGAUACGGAGGACGCUCUCUGGGAUGAGGAUAACAUCGCUGAAGAAAUCCAUGAAGAUGCUGAAAUGGAAAAUUACGUGGACGACGAUAAGAUCCAAGAGGACACAGAACGCGUAGACGAUAUGGAAGUACUGAAGUACUUAACAGAAAGUAAUGUAUGGUCAACAUAAUAUUUUUUUAAGUACUUUGGAGAAGCAGUAUCAAAUUUGGGACGUGCUUCACAGGGAUCGGCGGGGAGGGGCCGUUCUCACCUCUAAUUUAUUUGUUUUCUGUUUCAGGUAAAGCCUUGUGUCCACGAUCCGAGAAUUCGGUCCGAGAAGUUUGUAGCCAAUAAAAUAGCCGCUUUUCUGUAAAAGCUGCAAAUUGAUUGGUUACAAACUUCUCGGUCCGAGAACUCGGACCAAAUUCUCGGAUCGUGGACACAAGGCUUAAGAUAUGGAGGGGCAAAUUUUUUGGUUGUGCCUCACAGGAAAAGGCGGAGAUGGGGCCUUUUCCCCAAAAACAAAAUAAUAAUAGGAAAA